AUGGAACUCGAGUGCCCACUCAAAUAUUUCAAUUUGGCUUUAGAAGCUGUAGGGCUAAUAAUUAAUAUAUUUCAUCUAACUAUAUUGAUCAGAAAAUCGUUAAGAAAAAGUGGAAUCUAUAUAUUUCUCAAGUUCAUAGCAGCACUAGAUAUACUCAAUUUGUUAUCCGGUUUAUUUUAUAAUAGUCUAUCCAUUUCUUCAACUUUUCCAUUCAUUUUUAUGACUGAAUUUUCUACUAUUUCUACGUCAUUUCUAAUAUUACUAAUCGCAAUUUUUCACUGUAUAUCUUCAGUUUUCGAAAAAGCUCAAAUGUUUAAAACUAUCACACGUUUUUCUGUGAUAACUGCCACGACAUCGAUCACAAUAAUUUUAUUGAUUUUUUACGAGCUCUUCAAAAUCUGGAGUUUAUCACAUGUUCCGAAUAUAAUGGAAGUUGAAAUUGACCCCCGGCUACAAUUAUUUUUGGUUUCGGGAUAUAUUUUUUUGAUAGCCGCUGUGAAGGUUUUUGGAAGGAAACCCCAUAGGAAAUUUAUAUUAAUUGUUUUAAUAUGUUAUCUGCUAACAACACUUCCUCCAUUUAUCUGGCACAUCGUAAAAAUUAAUUUUCAAGAGGAUAUUGAAACAGCCUUCCUUCUCAAAGCGAAAUAUAUUUUACGCACUAUCGGAAAAAUCAAUUCCUCAACCAUAUUUUUCAUCUGUCUCUGCACAUUGCCUGAAUAUCAAAAAGUGGUUCAAGAUGUCUUUCCAAAAAAAUUCACGCUACCUCUCUUCAAAAACUUCACAUCUUCCAAUUUUUCUUCAUCUGGUUAA